AUGGAGUCUACCAAGAACAACGCUCAGAAGGUCUGGUCUGCUAUCGUCAAGCACGCCAAGGAACACCACCGAUCUGUCAACGCUGCAGUCAACGUCUACUACCCUCAACCAACGGGACUUGCUCCCCGUGGUGCUCCAGCAAAGACUGUCUACUCAACCUCAUCGAGUGCGCGAUCGUCAUACGAGAAGAACUAA